AGAGAGAGAGAGAGAGAGAGAGAGAGAGAGAGAGAGAGAGAGAGAGAGAAAUCAAUCAGAUUAUCUGAACCUGGAUGUCUCAGAGCCAUACAUAACUGAGAGCAGAGCAGUCAGCUUUCUGGGUUCGUUGAGUGAUUUGGAUCUGGAGAUUGUCUAACCUGGUGCUGGACUUCAGACAGUGAAAAGGACAUAAAACACAAUCAAUUCUUUCUUAAUUCUGCAAGUGUUUCGGUUGACUCCUCUGGUGGAACUGACAUGAUAGGAAAGAAUGUAACUGAACUGAUUUUAGAUGGCAGUGCUGCAACCAUGUGUUCUGUAGCUUCACAGAGCUCAAGUUUACAUUGUAGAUUCAACCAUUGGAUGUGAUAUUUGAGUUCUUUGCAUGGAUUCUGAGAUGGAAACUGAUCCUGACAACAUAGACAUGGGCAUGGAUGUAGAAGUCCUUUCUUCAAUGUGGCCUGAAGAUCUUGGAAGUAAAGUUGGAAAGCAGUUCAAUAUGGAAAAGCCUGGAGGGGAUCUGUUAGAGGAGGUUAACUUAAUAGAGGAGCCUUCGAUAGUUGAUUUCAAGCGCCUCCUGGAGUUAACCAACUAUAGCGAGAAAGGUUCCACUCAGUUGUCAUACCUUGUAAAGCACUGGGAGUAUAAGCAGGCUAAUGCUGUCCGCCUUCUCAAUGAAGAGAUGGAUAUCCUAAACAAACAAAGGCAGGAAGUGGAGCUCAAGAAAUUAGAAAUUCUUGAGGAUAUUCGGUAUGGAGAAGAUAAGUUUUCUGGAGACAAGCGUUCAAUUUCCAUUAUGGAUGAAGUUUAUGACAUAUGGGAAGAUUUACCCAGGAGAAAAAAUGAUUAUUUUGUUCAAAAGAAAAGCCUUGAAAUUAAUGCUGAGUUUGACACUUGUAAGUACUGGAAGCAGCGGGCUUUGCAACUAGAGAAACUGCUGGAGGCAAGUAUCCAGAGGGAGCAGACACUCAUGCAGAAGCUGCAGGAGAACAUAAAAAAUCUUCAAAGGCAAUCCUCACCUGUUGAAGAAUUGUCGCAGAUUUUGAAAAGAGCGGAUAAUUUCUUGCACUUUAUUCUCCAGACUGCACCAGUUGUCAUUGGCCAUCAGGACAAAGACAUGCGGUAUCGCUUCAUCUAUAAUCAUUUUCCAAGUUUAGAAGAGCAGGAUAUCAUUGGGAAAACGGAUUUGGAGAUAUUUUCUGGAGUUGGAGUUAAGGAAGCUCAGGACUUCAAGAGAGAAGUCAUGGAACGUGGAGUAUCUGCAAAGCGGGAAUUUACAUUUGAUACAGAAUUAUUUGGUCUAAAGACAUUUUUGAUGUAUGUGGAACCUGUAUUCAGCAAGUCAGGAGAAACAAUUGGCGUAAAUUAUAUGGGAAUGGAUCUCACUGAUCAGGUGAUGAUAAGAGAAAAAAUGACAAAAAUUCGAGAAGAGCUAGCUGUUCAAAAAGCAAAAGAAACAGAACUCAAUAAAACAAUCCAUAUUACAGAGGAAACAAUGAGAGCAAAGCAAAUGCUAGCAACAAUGUCUCAUGAGAUAAGAUCUCCCCUCUCUGGGGUUGUUAGCAUGGCCGAGAUUCUUACCACUACAAAGCUAGAUCACGAGCAAAGACAAUUACUGGACGUCAUGAUUUCGUCUGGGGAUUUGGUCUUGCAACUUAUUAAUGACAUACUUGACCUUUCCAAGGUUGAAUCAGGUGCGAUGAAGUUAGAAGCUACAAAGUUCCGGCCAAGAGAAGUGGUAAAACAUGUACUCCAGACUGCAGCAGCAUCAUUGCAAAAGAUGUUGACCUUGGAAGGACUUGUAGCAGAUGAUGUUCCUGUGGAAGUGAUUGGUGAUGUUUUGAGGAUUCGGCAAAUUCUCACUAAUUUGAUCAGCAAUGCAAUCAAGUUCACCCAUGAAGGGAAGGUUGGAAUAAACCUUUAUGUUAUACCAAACCCAUGUUCUGGCCAUGGAGAAGGAAACCAGCAAAAGCUCAAAGCAGAUCAGUCUGCAGUUUCAGAAAAUAGACCAAAAGAAGAGGAACCUUCUUUGCCUUACCCUUCUUCACAAUCUCAAAGCAUCCGUAAUGAGAAAAGUUCAUGCUGUCAGGCACAUGGGGAAGGUCUUGAGCAAAAUGGUACCUUCAAUGAUGGACCUAAUACUAAAUUUAAGAAAUCUGUCCCCACAGAUUGGGAUGUACAGAAUCAACCUCACUUGCACGAGACAACAGUGUGGAUACGAUGCGAUGUGUAUGACACAGGGAUUGGAAUACCAGAAAAAGCAUUACCUACUCUAUUCAAAAAAUACAUGCAAGUCAGUGCAGACCAUGCUCGAAAGUAUGGUGGUACAGGACUUGGCCUUGCAAUCUGCAAACAACUGGUGGAACUGAUGGGGGGUCAACUUAGCGUCAACAGCCAAGAGCACUGUGGCUCUACAUUUACAUUUGUACUACCGUACAAGGUUUCACUGAAGCAGGAGCAUUCAGGGAAUGUAGAUGAAAUGUCAGAUAUGGAUGAUCAUGAAGUUGUUUCUGAUGGAAACAAUGAUGAGACGAAUUGUGGCGUUUUUGUCUUUCAACCACGCAUGUUGGGCUCUCUAUUUUCAUCUAUUGAUUCUAAAAGAAGUCAUAAACAUGUGCCAAACAAAGUUGGGUAUGAUCCCCUACAUAAGCUUACUUGCUUGUCAAAGGAUUCCUACUCGUUCCCUUCAGGUAAUGGUACAACAAGAGAAACAGCUUCCCUUGAGGAUGCCCGUUCAAUGGCUGAUGCUGCAGAGACAUCCUGUAGUCUUGAAAGUUCAUCAAGGCCGGAGGAUUCCUACUCGUUCCCUUCUGGUAAUGGUACAUCAAGAGACACAGCUUCCCUUGGGGAUGCCCGUUCGAUGGCUGAUGCGGCAGAGACAUUCUGUAGUCCUGGAAGUUCAUCAAGGCCGCAUCUGGACCCUGACUACAGAAAAGAAAUUCGUAAAGGAAAAGAAUACCAAGCUGAUGCAAAAGUCCAAUUUCAGAGUUUUGGAAUGGUUUCCCCAUGUUCUGCAAAGACAUGCAAAGUGAGUGAAACUGGAGCAGCAAGCAAGUUCAAAGACACAUCUAGGAGGCAGGAGGAUGAGAAAUCUGACAGAAGCUUCCAGAGUAUACACAGCAAUAGUGAAGAACCACCCAGAUCCACAAGGAAACCCAAAAUUCUUCUUGUGGAAGAUAACAAAAUUAAUGUAAUGGUCACACGGUCAAUGAUGAAGCAGUUAGGUCAUAGUAUAGAGGUUGUUAAUAAUGGAGUAGAAGCAGUUCAUGCAGUUCAACGUCAAAGAUAUGAUCUCAUUUUGAUGGACGUCUGCAUGCCAGUAAUGGAUGGUCUUCAAGCCACAAGAUUGAUUCGCUCGUUUGAGGAAAGUGGCAAUUGGGAUGCUGCUGCAGAGGCAGGGAUUGAGAAACCUGUUCCCUCUUCAGAUUCAUCGUUACAUGGACCAGGUGUGGUGUCAUUUCCACAGAAGAUCCCCAUCAUUGCGAUGACAGCAAAUGCUUUGUCAGAGAGCUCAGAUGAGUGCCUUGCAAAUGGUAUGGACUCAUUUGUAUCCAAGCCUGUUACCUUUCAAAAGUUGAAAGAAUGUCUUCAACAAUAUUUACAAUCUUAAAUCCUGUAAAUGUAAAGCAUGUGAAAAAAGUGAAUAUAGUCUAGGAAGGUUUUGUAAUCAGUGUAUCAUGUGCCUUUUUCCAACAAAU